AUGGCUCCUUCAAAGAUCAUUGCAGUCGUUGGCGCGACGGGAAAUCAAGGCUCCUCUGUCGCAAAGGUCUUUCUGAGCCUUCCCGGCUGGAAUGUCCGCUGCGUCACUCGCCAGCCAAACUCGGACAAGGCGAAAGCUCUCGGCGCACUUGGCGCCGACCUCGUCCAAGCCGACCUCAAGGAUAUUGAAUCGCUCUCACGCGCCUUCCAAGGUGUCAAUGCCAUCUUUGUCAACACGACCUUCUUGGAAAUUACCCAGACCGCCCUAGAGGCUGGCAAGGACCAAAUCACUGGUUCUCAGAUCGCGCAUGAUGAGGAGCUGCAGUAUGCUAAAAAUGCAGCAAUAGCUGCUUCUAAGAUUCCAGGGCUUGAGAUAUACAUCUACUCAGCCUUUGCUUCCAUCAAUGCAGCCUCGGGUGGGAAAUACACUCGCGCUCUUCAUUGGGAGUCCAAGGCCGCCGCCGUAGCCUUCAUUGAAAAGGAACUACCUGAGCUUUCCAAGAAAGCGUCCUUCAUCUACGUCGGGGGUUAUUACGACAACCUCUUCCUUCACCCCCAGCUCAACCCAGAGAAUGGAAAGUACUCACUGGUCCUCCCUACUCCGGCAGAGCUGCGGUUUGGGAUCAUCAAUGCCGCGGAGUCUACUGGCUACUACGUGCGGGCGCUGGUUGAAGAGGAAGAGCCUGGUACCAAGCUUCUAGCAUACGACGACGACAUAAGCAUUGACCAGGCUCUUGAAAUCUGGACCAAAGUCUCAGGAACGGAGGCCGAUUUUGCGCAGAUGGAUAUGCAGACUAUGCAUGAACUGUUCGGUGUGCCGCUUGGGUACCUUGAAGCAGCGGCGUUUGUCGCCGACUACGGCUACACGGCUGGGAUUGAAGGUGUCAUCACUCCCGAUCAGCUGAGGACCAAGGUGAAGAGGCCGAGCUACGAGGAAUAUCUUCUAUCGCUGGGCGCUGAACAUUUGCUGGGUCCCACAAAAUAA